AUGCGGACGCGUCCCAUUGGUCGGAUAGGCUGCCCCCGUCACCAACACCACCAACUGGCCUCCGUCACCAACCCCACCAACAGGCCCCUGUCACCAACACCACCAACUGGCCCCUGUCACAAACCCCACCAACUGGCCCCUGUCACCAACCCCACCAACAGGCCCCCGUCACCAACACCACCAACUGGCCCCUGUCACAAACCCCACCAACUGGCCUCCGUCACCAAACGCCUGUCACCAACACCAUCAACUGGCCCCUGUCACAAACCCCACCAACAGGCCCCCGUCACCAAACGCCUGUCACCAACACCACCAACUGGCCCCCGUCACAAACCCCACCAACUAGCCCCCAUCACCAACGCCUGUCACCAACCCCACCAACUGGCCCCCGACAUAAACCCCACCAACUGGCCCCCGUCACAAACCCCACCAACUGGCCCCCGUCACAAACCCCACCAACUAGCCCCCAUCACCAACGCCUGUCACCAACCCCACCAACUGGCCCCCGGCAUAAACCCCACCAACUGGCCCCUGUCACCAACCCCACCAACUGGCCUCCGUCACCAACCCCUCCAACUGUCCCCUGUCACAAACCCCACCAACUGGCCUCCGUCACCAACCCCACCAACAGGCCCCCGUCACCAAACGCCUGUCACCAACACCAUCAACUGGCCCCUGUCACAAACCCCACCAACAGGCCCCCGUCACCAAACGCCUGUCACCAACACCACCAACUGGCCCCUGUCACAAACCCCACCAACUAGCCCCCAUCACCAACGCCUGUCACCAACCCCACCAACUGGCCCCCGGCAUAAACCCCACCAACUGGCCCCCGUCACAAACCCCACCAACUGGCCCCUGUCACCAACCCCACCAACUGGCCCCCAUCACCAACCCCACCAACUGGCCCCUGUGAAAAACCCCACCAACUGGCCCCCGUCACCAACCCCACCAACUGGCCCCUGUCACCAACGCCUGUCACCAACCCCACCAACUGGCCCCCGUCACCAACCCCACCAACUGGCCCCUGUGAAAAACCCCACCAACUGGCCCCCGUCACCGACCCCACCAACUGGCCCCUGUCACCAACCCCACCAACUGGCCCCUGUCACCAACCCCACCAACUGGCCCCCGUCACAAACCCCACCAACUGGCCCCCGUCACCAACCCCACCAACUGGCCCCUGUCACCAACCCCACCAACUGGCCCCUGUCACCAACGCCUGUCACCAACCCCAACAACUGGCCUCCGUCACCAACCCCACUAACAGGCCCCCGUCACCAACGCCUGUCACCAACGCCUGUCACAAACCCCACCAACUGGCCUCCGUCACCAACCCCACCAACUGUCCUCCGUCACCAACCCCACCAACUGUCCUCCGUCACCAACCCCACCAACUGGCCUCCGUCACCAACCCCACCAACUGGCCUCCGUCACCAACCCCACCAACUGGCCUCCGUCACCAACCCCUCCAACUGUCCUCCGCCACCAACCCCACCAACUGUCCUCCUAGAGCGAGAGAACCAGAAAUGUGACAGCUCAGUCGUGUGGCAGGAUUCAAGCAGAAAGACAGGCACCCAGGCCGGGCAGAAGCAGUGGGAGACGCCGCUGUAG